AUGGACCGGACCGAGCCGGUCGAGCGGAUGAGCGCGUUUGACGAGUACGAACGCGGGCUCAUCGCUCAUGUGCAGGGAAACCUGCUGGCUCAGAUGAGUGAGCCCAAACGGGUGCAGCCUAAGCCUUUGCGGCUAACUGUGCCUCCAUUCGAAGGGGAGGAAGAUGAGAACCUUCACUUCUGGAUCCGGGAGACCGAGAUCGAGCGAGAUGCGCACGUUGGCAGCCUCGCUAGUGGGGGACCCACUGUCGGAAUACAUCAAGAUGACAGUGGCCUAAAGGUCGGUCCUGCGCGCACGCAGUUGUUCCGCGUGCGCACCGCCACUAUGGAGGAGGAGAUCCAAGUCGCCCUCCAGGAGGAGUACAGCCACAAGCAGGCUGGUGCUCUGGCUGUUGUACAGCCUGUGGUCACUGAAAGCGAGCCAGAACCCAUGGAUCUGAGUUCAGCUGAGCAGUACUCAGUCCGCUGCUACGGCUGCGGCGGACUGGGACACUAUCAACGUGCCUGCCCAUCGUCAGGGUCUGGGAAGAAGACUACCCGAAGACCAGAGGGUCAAGGGGGAGCCGACGCCAUCCACCGUCAGGUGCUCAAGGGAGCCACAACCACCAACACAAGGGCGUUCAAUGGGACCACUAUGGUGCUGGAUGCGUCCGACAAGAAGAAGAAGAAGAAGAAGAAGAAGAAGGGAGGCAUCGAUGACAUGAUGAUCUCCAUGGAGAAGGUGCAGUGUAUCUGCAACCGAGGGCUAUUAUGCCUGGCGUGUGGAGCGGCGUUGGGGCAACAAGUGUCCAUGACUCGGUGCCGAGAUGGCUGA